ACAGAGAUGGAUAUCAUUAAUUUUCAUGUUUUGGUAUAAAAGAAGAAAUUCCAAUGAGAAUAACUCAGUUGAAAAUAACAAGUGGAGCACAUUUUCUGAAACAAUGAAGCUUUUUCUAUCAAUAUUUUUUGUGUGCGGAUUGCUGGCUUUAUCGUCAGCUAUUAAAUUUAAAGUGGGCAAAGUGAUCAAAAAAGGUUCUGAUCUAGCUUUGACGAGCCCCUUAGUUCCGACACCCGUUAAAGCUGGCGGUGCUGGUGUAAUGGGUGCGUACAAAUUUGGUGAAACACUUUACAAAACAGGAGACGUAAAACAAGCCGGCCGCGCUGGAGGCAAUUCUCUCUUAGAGAGUGCAAAUCAAGUUGUUAAUUCCGAUCCCUCCCUCUCAAUGGCAAAAACUGGACUAACUCUGUCGAAAGAUAUUGCAUCUGGAAAAGAUCCAAAAACAGCUUUGACUAAACGUGCAAAUCAGAUGGUCGAUUCGAAUCCUUCACUUAGAAUGGCAAAAACGGGAAUGAACCUUGGAAAAGAUUUGGCCGGCGGGAAAAAUGUGAAAACAGCACUUGGUGAUCGCCAGGAAGAAAUAGCUGGGAAUGUUGGUGGCGAUUCAGCGGUUAUGGCAUUACGAGCAGCACAUGAUCUACAAAAUGGCCAAAGUGUUGGAAGUGUUAUAUCUAAAAA